AUGAGCGGCGAGGGAUUGUCCGCUCUCCCAGCAGGUGUCACUGCGACUACCGUUGAAACUGCAAUUGCUACUCUCCCUCUACAGGGUUCUUCUAGCGUGGUUUCUUUCUCAACUGCGAUCACAUAUACGUUUUCCUCUACUGGCAAAAUAACAAAUUCUAGCUCAAACAUAACCACCACCUCCGCAUCGCAGGCCACGGCCACUACCAAUGACACCUCAUCGACUCAAUCGCCGACUCCUCCUAAUACUUGCAACUCGACGGGAAACUCGACAGAAAAUUCUCACAAGACCUUGUCCGCAGGGGCUAUCAGUGGUAUUGCCAUUGCAUCUGCAAUAUUUGGUGCACUGUUCGUUCUUUUUCUCCUGUUCUUCAUGAAGAGCCAGCAUAAGAAAAGUCGCCAUCAUGGCACCACAUCAUGGUUGGGGUAUUCAGAUCGUUCCAGCUCUAAGCGACCUGGACAGUUGAGCAGCACGAUGCGAAGGCAUCGAGACAAUGCCGAAAAGGGUGGGCUUAUUGAGAGGUCUGUUCAGGAAAUCACCGCGGAGAAUGCCUUGGAGCAACCCAAAGACGAUUCCACCAUCAAACAAUCCGUGGCUGCUCUUUUCAAGGCAAUUGAGGACCACGCUGAGAAUUAUUACCUGGACUUCCCACCUCAAGGUGCCGCCUCACACCAGGAGCACCAACUCCAGUACAGCAAUCUGCCUAGUGGCAUCAAAGGCCAAGCCGACGUAGACUUCAGGCCAAUCCUCGCUGCGCCGGAAUCCCGUUUCUCGGCCAUUGCCAGCCUCAUUUCAGCAACAUUACUAGAUGCCAUUGAUUUCUUUGGCCAACCUGAAAAGUCACUACUGCCUGAAGGUGUGACGAGCUUUUUGAGAGCCUCGUCAGGUCAAGUGACGGACAGCCAUAGGAGCCGACUUUAUUUGUCAAGAUGGAGGACCGGCACCGCAUACCUUCUCGGGCCAGAGGAGUCUUCUGAGCAUCGAGCACGAUCUCAAAUGGUCAUGGAUGCUUUGAUCGCCGAUCUGGAUGCCGUUGUGUGGCCAUACACUAACCCAGAGACCGAUACAGACCGGCGUCAGCACCUCGUAAAGAUCUGCAAGCGAGCCCAAGAGCUAGGACUCCUUCUUCUGUCCCAACCAGCCGAGUGGAAAUUUGACUGGAGCAAUAGGCAGCAGGCAGAGAGAACGACAUCGCAAAGUCGGCGAAGCGAGAGGGCCAAGAAACCAUUCGUCGUCCAGCCCCAACUUCUGCGGGUGACGGACAACUUGGCCCGCAAGUUGGACCGUCCGCUCGUCGUCAUUGAACGCCAAGUUUUGCACUAA